AUGAAAUCUGGUGCUGGUGGUAUUGGCGAAUCAACUUACGUAGAAAAAAUAGUUGUUAGCGGAAGAUUAUUGUGCGAUAUCUUUACAAAUGCAAAGGAUCUUGUUAAAUCAAAAGAUUAUUCAUUAACAGAACUUGCCAAAACCCAUUUAAAUUAUAGUCGUAAAGACAUUCAACUUGAUAAAAUCGAAUCAUGUUUUGCAUCAUGCAGAGAUUUAUAUGAAUUGGUUUUGCAUUGUCAAUUUGAUUCAGUUCUUUCUGCUCGUUUAAUGUAUGAACUUCAAAUUUUACCUCUUACAAAACAACUUACCUCACUUGCUGGUAAUCUGUGGUCAAAAACUCUAACUGGUGGUAGAGCCGAACGUAAUGAAUAUUUGUUAUUACACGAGUUCCACAGAUUAAAGUAUAUUUAUCCUGACAAAGAUUCCAAUAAGCAACGUUCAUACAAUAAUAUUGUAGAACCAGAAGAUAAUGAUGAAAAAGUUGAAAUAAAAAAACCAGGUCGAAGAAAACCAGCUUAUUCUGGAGGUCUUGUUUUAGAACCACAAAAAGGAUUUUAUGACAAAUACAUUGUUCUUUUAGAUUUCAACAGAAUUGAUAAACCCAAAUGUACAUUUUGUCAUUCAUUUUUUAUGCCACAAUCCAUUGAAGACUAUUAUCAAGAAACAGGGAGGGCAGGAAGGGUUAGAAAACAUGCUACAUGCACUCUUUUUUAUUCAUCUACGAAACUAGCAGCUUCAAGGAGCGUUUCUGCUCGUUAUAGUAUAAUGUCUAUUUCAAUAUCAGAAGCAGAAAUAAAUACACGGUCUUCAUCUGCACCAUCAGACGAAAUGUCUAAUUCAAUUAUUCCUUUAACUACAACUAAUGUUGAAGAUGAAAUGCAUAGAGCAGCAAUCAAAAUUUUACAACAAUCAAUAGAUCUUUUAAUAAAUUUAUCUAAUGACGAGAAUUUUUACAUUUAUCAGAGUAAAUUUAUACCACAAAGUUCUAUUGGAAAACAUAUCAGGCAAAAAAGAAUAUCAGAGAAAAAUAAAGAAUAUAACAAUUAUAAUCAUCCAUUAGAUAAUUAUGAAAAAAAAGGUUUAAAUUGGAUUGUAGAUUAUGAUAAUAGAGUGGCAAAUGAAGAAAUAGAAACAUCAUGUUUGAAAGCAGUAAAACUCAUCAGACAAUUACAAUCUGUUUUGAUAAAUGAUUCUUCAGUUAUUACCUUACCUUUUCCAACGAGAGUUGAUUCAAUAAUUGAUUCUGAUUUAUCAGUGAAUUCAAUACAACUAAAUUCUACAUACGGUAGAGAAUUAUGGUUUUGUUGCCAUCAUGCAAUCCACCAUUAUGCUUUGAUAAAGGUGAUAUGUAUAGAAUUAAACAUCCAGUGUCCAAAAAAUUUUGGUGUUGCACCUUCAACUCUUAGAAGAUGUCAUUAA